CAACAGGGAGGGAAUGGGACAGACAGAGAUAGAGGUGGGCAGAGGUGUGACUGAGACGGAGGCAGAGGAGGACUCGGAGCCAGCUGGGCAUCUGCCACAUCUUAUUUUUAUUUAGAAUCAGCUCAAAGGAGAGAGGGGGGGGGGACACCCGCAGGAGUUUCUCGUGCGUAAAACGGCAUCAGUUGUUGCUCCACAUUCUCAGUAGUUGCGCUUCACUUUCAGACUGAGGAGUUUAUUCGGAGGUAGAGUCCUGGGUGGAGUUUUCUUUGCCUCCGCAUGAGUCCCUGCGGCGCACGGAUUACAAUGCAGAUGCUCCUGGAGGUCUGGCUCACCUUGGUGUCAGUGUCUGCGCUGACCAGAGGCGUCUUCGCAGGAUACGGGCUGAGCAUGUUCGCGGCGCAGUCCUCUCCUCCGGACCCGUGCUACGAUGAGAACGGGAACCCGAGGAGGUGCAUCCCCGACUUCGUCAACUCCGCUUUCGGGAAGGACGUGCGCGUGUCCAGCACCUGCGGCAGCCCGGCCGCCAGGUACUGCGUGGUGGCCGAGAAGGAAGAGGAGAGGUCCAGGGACUGUCACACCUGCGACGCCGGCGACCCCAAGAAGUCCCAUCCGCCCGCGUACCUGACGGACCUGAACAACCCGCACAACCUCACGUGCUGGCAGUCGGAGAACUACAUGCAGUUCCCGCAGAACGUCACCCUCACCUUGUCCCUGGGGAAGAAGUUCGAGGUCACCUAUGUGAGCCUGCAGUUCUGCUCACCCAGACCCGAGUCCAUGGCCAUCUACAAGUCCAUGGACUACGGCAAGUCCUGGGUGCCCUUCCAGUAUUACUCCACGCAGUGCAAGAAGAUGUACAACAGGCAGAACAAGGCGACCAUCACCAAGCAGAACGAGCAGGAGGCCAUCUGCACCGACUCCCACACCGACAUGCACCCUCUGACCGGCGGGCUCAUCGCCUUCAGCACCCUGGACGGGAGACCGUCCGCGCACGACUUCGACAACUCCCCGGUGCUGCAGGACUGGGUGACGGCCACCGACAUCAAGGUGAUCUUCAGCCGGCUCCACACCUUCGGGGACGAGAACGAGGACGACUCGGAGCUGGCCCGCGACUCCUACUUUUACGCGGUGUCGGACCUGCAGGUCGGGGGACGGUGCAAGUGCAACGGGCACGCGUCGAAGUGCGUGAAGGACCGAGAAGGGAAUCUGGUGUGCGAGUGCAAGCACAACACGGCGGGACCGGAGUGCGACAGGUGCAAACCUUUCCACUACGACCGACCGUGGCAGCGCGCAACGGCCCGAGAAGCCAACGAGUGCAUCGCCUGCCACUGCAACCUGCACGCCCGCCGCUGCCGCUUCAACAUGGAGCUGUACAAGCUGUCGGGCCGGAGGAGCGGCGGCGUCUGCCUCAACUGCCGCCACAACACAGCGGGACGCCACUGCCACUACUGCAAGGAGGGUUACUACAGGGACAUGACCAAGUCCAUCUCUCACCGCAGAGCCUGCAAAGCGUGUGAUUGUCAUCCAGUGGGCGCGGCGGGGAAGACGUGCAACCAGACGACGGGCCAGUGCCCCUGCAAGGACGGGGUGACGGGGAUCACCUGCAACCGAUGUGCCAAAGGUUACCAGCAGAGCCGCUCGCCCAUCGCUCCCUGCAUCAAGAUCCCAGUUGCAUCUCCCACAGCGUCGUACAGCAGCUACGAGGAGCCGUCAGAUUGUGAAUCACACUGCAAAGCUUCCAAGGGAAAGAUGAAGAUCACCAUGAAGAAGUACUGUAAAAAAGACUACGCUGUUCAAGUGCACGUCCUGAAAGGAGACAAGGCCGGCGAGUGGUGGAAGUUCACCGUCAACAUCAUCUCCGUGUACAAACAAGGCGAGCACCGCAUCCGCCGCGGGGACCAGCUGCUGUGGGUGCGCGCCAAGGACGUGGCCUGCAAGUGCCCCAAGAUCAAGCCCGGGAGGAAGUACCUGCUCCUGGGCACGGACGACGACGACUCCCCCGGGCAGAGCGGCGUGGUGGCGGACAAGGGGAGCCUGCUCAUCCCCUGGAAGGACCUGUGGGGCCGCCGGCUGAGGAAGUUCCAACAGCGCGACAAGAGGGGAAAGUGCUAAAAGCAGCUGGGGAGGGGAGAAAGAGAGGGAGCUUGAGGGAGGGGUGGAGGCAGAAAGAACGGCCUCUAUACUGGGAUGGAUGCAAGGAGGAGGAGGAGGAGGAGGAGGAGGAGAGGAUGGAUGGGUUAAAAAAAUAAACUGGAAGAAUAAAAGAUGGAGAGAGACACAGGUGAGACGUAGGAGAGAUGGGGAAUGACUGAGUGCUGCUGCUCUGAGCUGGAGCGAAGAGAUUAGAUUGUUUUUUUUUUUUAGGAACUUUUGUGAAGGAGCUCAUUCUACAACUUUCUGUUUUCAAGGUUUUUGUUUUGUCGUGUAAUUGCAGAGUUUGCACCUAAUAUUACAGAUAUGUCACAUCCUGACUAUUUCACCCACGAUGCUGUUUCCCCCCUCGUUCGGUUGUUCUAAAGAGCGAUGCGUCUACUGUAUCACCCUCUUUGUGUCUUCAGAGGAUCCAAUUCCACCGUCCCUGUGUCCAAGAGGAGUCACGGCACCGCGGGACUCCACGCACGUUUGAGCAGCAGCUGCCGAAACCUGCCGAACUAUGGAGAAAACUUUUUCAGCAGCUGAAAGUGAUAAAAUUGUGAAAUUGUUUGAAACUGUGGUCGGGAAUUUACCUGAGAACCCUCUGCUCAUACAAGCUGUUUUCAGACGUGCACGCACAAACGGGUUCCAGACUUUCUCCGGAGUUCGACUUUGACACAUGAAGAUUAGAUUCUCGUUUUCUUCACAUGAGCUCACUCGGACGUUCUCCUUAGUUUUGGAGAAGCUCCACAGCCCCUCUGGAGAAGGUCCGGAGCUCAGUGCAGGUCUGAACGCAGCUUGUGUGAGUGUUACCUCGGUGGUGUGGGAACAAAAAUGCCAUAAAACGAUCCUCUCCUCAUUCUGUACAAUGAUAUAUUUACAUGAAAGUAUCGAUGUAUCCGCAGCAUGUUGUGGUCGUGACCUCUGCAAUGUAAAGUAACCAUAUGUGCAUACUUAGACAUUUUUAGUAGAUGGUGCCGUAGCAUCGACUAGACGUAGAGUAGACGUGUCAACCAUGCACUUAUUUUUACUAGUCAGAACUUUUUCUUUUUUUUUUUAGAACAUAUGAGAUAUGUUCACCAUUAUUUUUUAGCGUGGCGUCCAAAAAGAAAGGAAACCUGUACAGAUACACACUCAUCUCACUCAUGUCUGUUCUACACGGGCUGAUGUUACAGCCUGUUCAAAAUGUGUCACAGCUACGGAGACGGAGACGUCUCACAAACACGAAGGAAAAGCCACGACACACAGCGAAGGAAAGUGACUCGGCUCGGUUCAAUGUCAACAUCUGUUAUUACUCAUUUGGCUUUGGCAUUCACGUUGUGGCAUUUGAAGCUUCGUCGUCACUUUUGCAGUUGUGUUGUGGCUUUUUGCGUUUGUGUUGCGCUCGCGCGAGACGUCUCAGCCGCCGCACGCAGCUCCACACGACUCAGAUAAAGAAAGACUAAGUGCAAGUUGGAUGUCCCAAAUAUCUGCAGGUGAGUGUUGGUGAAGUCUCGCGUCAUUAAAAAGGAAAAAUAUCGACCUAUCACAGCAAAUCCUCAAAACCACUGACACGCCGCAUGCUCACUAUUUACUGUUGCUGCCUAACAACCGUUGUGAAUCAUGUACACAUUUUUAUUUGUAUUCAGUAUUCAGUGUUGUGGGAGAAGAACCUGUGGAGCGAUGGAAUAUCACGUGUUUAGCGUGCGAACGUUCGUCACCUCAAAGCGUCUCUUUGACGACUGGAUCCCACUGUCAAGACUUGGUACUCGACAAAGAGGCAUGAGCGAAUGUCUACGUGUUAUAUAGCUGUAUAGUAUUACUUUUUUUUGUUGUUGUUAAACAUUAACUAGAUGAUCUCCAUGUGAACUUAACCAGACUCGUUAAAUACUACAAGCUUAAAUAAAUGGAAAGACAAAAUAAAUGAAUGUCAGAGAAAUCAAAAUGUCACGUUUACUUUAGCAUGUGCACCGGGAGGAUCACACACAAACACACACACACUUCGACGGAGUUUACACGUACACAAAAACACACAGUACACUGAAACUUAUGCAGGACCACAUGUGCUACACAAACACACACACAAACACACACACUCUGUGCAUCACACUGUUUGUAUCUCAGAUUUACAACCUGCUAAUAAAACCUCCGCCAACACAUCUGUGCCGACACAUUUCAACUGGAUUUGCAGGCGUUUGCAUAAAAGGUACUCCAACCACCCCCCCACCUCCCUCCUCCUCUGCUCUCCAUAAAAUAUUAUACCUGAAUAAUUAUCUGCUCAUGUUUAUACAUUGGCUUGUAAAUGUUGUUUAGCAGUGUCCAUUGCAAAUGGUUGUGUGCUGUCCUGUAAUACUAAUAUAUUAUGUUUAUCACAAAUGAAUAUAUUUAAUGACACAUGAAACAAAUGUGGCUUUUGUGUAUUUUUUAUUUCCUUUUUUCUUUUUUGUGGGGAGACUGUUUAUUUUGUACUUUUUGCAUCGAGUUGUAGACGGCUGUAAUGAAAACGUAUCGAUAAGUGUUUGGCUAUUUGAACAGCCGGAUAGAAGUGACCAUUAAUUCAUCUGAAAUAAA